AUGAUACACCUGUUGCUGAAUCUUUUAAUAGAUCUAUUGUCGCCAGUGACAAAGUAUACGGAGCUCAAUCCUGCUCUGUGCGCUGAGUUGCAGAAAAUCGUGGACACGAUCCUCACACCUGGAAAAGGGAUAAUCGCUUGCGAUGAAUCUCCAGAGAGUUUAGAUAAACGAUUCGAAGAGCUUGGUAUCGCAAAUACGGAGACUGCACGACGCGAUUAUCGGCAGAUGUUGUUCAGCACUGAUCAGUCUCAAUUAACAAAAUACAUAAGCGGUGUUAUUCUGCAUACCGAGACAGUUCACCAAAAAACGACGGAGGGUGCUGAUUUCAUCGAUUUCCUGCGACAAAGGAAUAUUGUGCCCGGUGUGAAGGUCGAUAAGGGGUUGGUCGAUCUCUUCGGCACGAAGAAUGAAAAGAUCGCUCAAGGCCUGGACAGUUUGGAAGAGAGAUGCAUACAGUAUAAACGGGAUGGUUGUCACUUUGCGAAAUGGAGGUGCACCUACAUUAUCUCGGACACGACACCAAGUCAGUUGGCUCUGAUUGCGAAUGCGAACGUUCUUGCAAGAUAUGCCAGCAUAUGCCAGAGCGCACGAAUAGUGCCCAUCAUAGAACCGGAGGUAUUGAAUGUUGGUAAGCAUGGAAUAAAUAAAGCGUUGGAAGUUCACGAAGAAGUCCUGUCCGUUUUAUUUCGUACUCUAAACGAGCAUCAUGUUUAUCUUGAGGGUGCAAUCCUAAAACCGGCGAUGGUCCUGUCGGGUAUCAAGAAUACCGCUAAUUGUACGCCACAGGUAGUAGCCGAAUAUACAUUAACAGCUCUACAAAGAACAGUGCCGUCAGCAAUCCCAGGAAUCGUAUUUCUGAGCGGUGGACAAUCAGACACAGAGGCCGUCAUGAAUUUGAAUGCUAUUUGUGCUUACGAAGGAAAGAAACCUUGGAAAAUCACUUUUUGUUAUGGGCGUGCGUUACAAAACAAACCAAUGUCGAUCUGGAAAGGGCAGACAGAGAACGUACAAGAAGCCCAAGCAGCGUUAAUUGAGAGGGCCACACUUUGCUCUGAAGCGUCUUUCGGAAAGAUGCAACUGAAUAGCCUGUGUACGAAAAAAGUUUCAAACGCGCACUGA